UUGCUCCGAGUUUGAGCGCUGCUCUCCAGGCACUGCGAGCAGCGCCCGGGCUCCGGGAGGAGGCUCAGAGUCCCCUCCUCGGGCAGAAGUGUAAGAGGCCCGACCCGCGCCGCCAGCUCAAGGGGAGGACAGAGGCCACGGGCACUGGACUCCGCAGGCAGCAGCGCCGCCGUCCACUCCGCCCUGGAAGACGCGAUUGGUCCUCGGGGACGGCGCCCAGGGCGGUCGGCCGUUGCCUGGCCGUCACCGGCUGCACCACGUAGCACUGGACCAGCUCGGCCACCAUGGUGGACCCUGUCCCGCUCGUUCGGUUGGGAGGGAACCUGUAACAGACGGUGAGGCACUUAAGGACCACCUUCUGCCUCUGCACUCAUUUUACCACCACUCAAUAUCGCGAGAUGUGCCUUCCGUUCGAGUUCCCAGGAUAACCCGCCCACUUCCACCAACGCAAAUCUCGCGACACAAGAGAUCGGGUGAGAGGCGACCGCGGAGACCAGGCUGCCGGUAUCCGGUGGGGCAGACUAGACGGUGGUGGUCAGAGCAGCUUUUCCGGGCACAAUGCCGUCCGCUUUCUCAGUCACCUCUUUCCCCGUCAGCAUUCCCUCCGUAAUCAUGACCGACUGGACUGAGCCCUGGCUCCUGGGCCUGGCCGCCUUCCAUGUGCUCUGCCUGCUGCUCACCUGUGUCUCCUCCCGGAGCUACCGGCUGCAGGUCGGGCACUUCCUGUGCCUCGUGACGUUGGUCUACUGUGCUGAAUACAUCAAUGAAGCAGCCGCCAUGAACUGGAGGUCAUUUUCAAAAUACCAGUAUUUCGAUUCGAGGGGGAUGUUCAUUUCGGUGGUGUUCUCGGUGCCGCUGCUCCUCAACGCCGUGGUCAUCGUGAUUAUGUGGGUACGCAAGACUUUGAACGUGAUGACCGACCUGAAGAACUUACAAGAGAAGGCAAAAGACAGGAGAAGGAGAAGAAAGGCGCAGUAACAGCGCAGUCGCUCCGCUUCCCUGGGAGACUUCCCGCCGCCGCACCGUUUGGGGAACUGAGGUGCAGGCGGGUGCGGUGCCCUUCCCAGCAGCCGCCUGCGGUUUGCAAAGAGGACCUUUCGCUGCGAGUCUGUCUGGUGUGUGGCAGGCUGCGCUUGGAGACUCAGGCCGUCCUUCCAGUCGUUCAUGUAGCUCGGGGUCACUGCAGGAGGCACGAUGUUCGGUGACAACAUCCCACAAGCAGUAGCACCCAGGAUGCUGUCUGGGUCGGCCAGUGCGGGCACGCCAUGCCCUGAACCAGUGACGGGCGAGCCGCACGGCUGCUCCGGAACGAACCCACUCAGAGCCGAGGGGGACCUUUCUGGAGCUGGUUCUUCGAAGAGUCACUUAGCCGGCCGAGAGCUGGCACCCAGCUGCAGCGCACAGUGAGAGGCCCUGUGUCUGCAGCGUUGGUGCUGGUGGGCAGGGUGCUUUCCUUCCUGGGUCACCGAGGGGCUUUCCCCACCCGUGGAGAGGAGUGCGGCACAGCUGGCGCUGUGGCCCAGGGUCAGGCCAGACCCUCACUGAGUCCUCACAGGCCCCAGGGGUCUGUGUAUAUGGCACAGCUGUUCCCUGAUGUGCUCUUGUGGGGGAGUCCCAGUGGUGCUGUUGAUGGCUGAGCCCCUGGGUGCUUAGCAACACCAGGGGCCCCCUCUGAACAGCGUCCCUUGUGUCAUAAACCAGUGGAUUUGCGAUCACAAAAAGCUGCGCUGCAGUGACAAGCCGUCGAGUCCCGGUCCCACGGGACGAGCGGAGCAGCACUUGGAGUUUAUUCUCCAGGACACACAGCCCAAGGCACCCCCAGCCUCCAGCCAUUUCACACGCUGCUCCUGACGCACAGAUCGAGGACGUUCCUUCCUGAGUCUUGGUGGCAGUGCUUUUUGUGGGUCACGGGAGUGAUGGCACCAGUGGUGUGGGGACAGGUGAGCGGGCACACAGAGUGCCCGUUCCAAUGCCAGCAGCACGGACAGACAGUCGGUCUUGUUCCUGCCAAGCUGCAACCCCAGCUUGACGGUGACAGCUGAGGGUCGUCCACACUUUAAAAAACAUGGUGAUCAAUAAAGAAAGGCUGUCGGCUCUUGAUUUUGGUUUGAAAAAAUGAUCAGUUGUUUUAAUUGUGACUAGAUGGUUCUCCCUAAGUGAAACAUAGUCUUCAAAUUUCAAAAAGGAAAAAAAUGUGCUUAUGAACAUUUAUAUUCAGUAGCUGACACCCUGAUAGAUUAAAAUUAGAUCCUGAAGGUCAGAUAAUGUUUUUCUUGCUUUUUAAAAAGAUUUCAUUAAUUUUUAGAGGGGGAGGGAGAAGGAGAGGGAGAGGAACAUCAAUUGCCUCUCACACACCCCCAACUGGGGACCUGGCCCACAACCCAGGCCUGUGCCCUGUGUGGGAAUCAAACCAGUGACCCUGUGCUUUGGAGGCCGGCUCAGUCCACUGAGCCACACCAGCCAGGGCCGGAUAGUUCAACGUUUUUAUAGACAAUUGUGAACUCUUGGCAGAGUUCCUGCUGGUUUAACAUUACUUUUUAGAAGUGACUUAGAGUCUUGUAGAAAAACCUGGAGCUUUUAACCUGAAAUGCUCUCCAGUCCCUUAGCAAUGUGUUAAACUUUCGUGUGGAACGUGAACAAUGACAGAGCGUCCCGUGUGGAGCGGACCCUGCCGCACAGCCUGCGUGUGCCUUCCUGCUCGUUCAGGCUGCUUGAGUGUGACGGCUUUGAAGGCACGAGCACGUCACAGGUCAGCUCCAGGAGCGGAGGGGUCGUCCACCCCCAGGGACUGAGCCUGUGCCCCAGGGG